CAAUUGUGUUCAAAAAUACCAGUAACCCAAUGAACCACUGUUAACAGUAAUACUCACUUUUCUGCAAUUCAAAUAGCCACCUGGGGGCGCCAUGCUACUCUGCCGGUGCAGCCAGUGCAGCAGCCGGCAUUCCAGCCAGCGUUAAGCCCUCUCCAGCCGGCCUUUCAGCCGGCGUCAAGCCCUGUCCAGCUGGCCUUCCAGCCGGCGUCAAGCCCUGUCCAGCCGGCCUUCCAGCCGGUGCCCAGCCUUGUCCCGCCGACAUUCCAGUCAGCGGUUCCCCCCAGGACUUCCCCCACAAAAUCCCCCAGGACUCCGCGCCCUCGAGCGCAGCCGGGGAUUAAAACUAUUCUCCCCAUGAACCUUGUUGUUCCCCCCCUCCUCUCCCUUGUUUAUUGUUUUUGUUAUCCCAUCCUAAUCCUGUUAUUAUUUUGUAAUGUCUGCCCUUGAUUUUGUUUUCUUUGGUUUGCCUUGUUUUGUCUGUCACCCAGUCUGUCUUGUGUCAUCCGUCUACCCCUUGGUGAGCACCUGGAGGUGCUCAUUAAACGGGGGGCUUAUGUCAUGGUUCUGCCUCACUUAGUCAUGUUUUUCUUGGUCCUGUGGCAGAGUCAUGACAAAGCCUUUGGUUAUGUGUGGAGAGAAACAUAUUAUUGUCCUUUUGACAAUAAUAUGCGUUCUCUCCAGUGUCUUGUCAUUGGCCCUGCCCCUCUCGUUUCAUGUAUUGCUUCCCUGCCGUGUCUAAUGUUUCCCACCUGCCCUCGUUUAUUACCCUUUGUUUGUCUUCCCUAUAAAAUGCCCUCAUGUUUCAUCUCUGCUUCCAGCCACCAUUAUUCUCAUGGUCAGGAGACUUGUCAGAGGUUCUGGCCGUGGAUGCCUGGUUUCAGGAGAGUGAGAGAGUCUGGGGUUCAGCCCACAUCCAUCUGCAACAAGCAAUACAGAGGCACAAAAGGAACGCUGAUGCUUGUCGAUGGGAUAACCCCAUCUACCAUCCAGGGGAUCGAGUUUGGCUCUCCACCCGGAAUAUACGCCUCCAUCAGCCGAACGAAUAAGCCGAACGGAAGUGUGACAAAUUGGUGUAAACCGAUUCAACAAAAGAACAAAAAUCACACCGGUUUAAAUGACAACAGGAUGCCUUUUCAAGAUAAACCCAGAGAAGGGAUCCAAAAUCGAAAAGAACACCUCAAGAAAUCAAAAGGUGGUCAUUCCAAAGGUUCUUUCACUGUUCAGCAAAAUUGCAGACUAUGAAUGGAUGGAGUAAAAAUGAUCAAAUAUUCCUCCAUUAUCUUAUCUUAAAAUUAUUGGCUGUGUCACUGACUUGAAGCUACAUGUGGGCAAUUCCAACGUUAUGGACGUGACAUAAAAAUUCUCAGAGAAUGAAUUUUACUAAACCCUUGUUGAUAGUGAAGUGAAGUGACCUAUUUGUCAAGUAUGGUGACCCAUACCCGAAAUGUGACCUCUGCAUUUAACCCAUCCAGUGAGUAGUGAACACACGUACACCCGGAGCAGUGGGCAACUAUCACUGCAGCGCCCGGGGAGCAAGUAGGGGUAAGGUGCCUUGCUCAAGGGCACCUCAGUCGUUACCCGCCGGCCCUGAGGAUCGAACCAGAAACCUUCUGGUCACGAGUCCGACUCUCUAACCAUUAGGCCACAACUGAGCUCUCACAUGGGUAUUUGAAUCACCUAAUAUCUGUGCUGUUACCAAAGUAAAAACCGUUGGUAAAAACUUUAUUUUUUCAUUGUAAGGUUGACAUUUUCACGGAAUUGCCCAUGUGCUUCUGUUGUAUCAAAUUUCACUUUUUCAUUCUUGUAGUUGUAUGAAAGUUUCCAACAUUUCUAUUUUAGGCAGAAAAGUUUGAGAUUGAUGUCAUUUUUGUCCUCUGAUGGGUGUAUUUUAAUAGUUGAGCAUCAGUUUUAUCGCAUGUGUUUUAUAAAUCUGUCCAUGAUGAUGAUCUCUUGUACUGCUUCAGUAUUUUCUAAGAUGUUAUUGGUGAAAUUUUGUUGAGUUGAGCUUCUGUUGUUUAUUUGUUCUUUCAUGGCUCAUCUGUUGACAAGAUGAUUUCAUUGUAAUAAGUGGUCUAGUUUUUAAGGCAGU